AUGCUGCUUUCUUUCCUCACACUCUUCCUGUCUUGUUUUCCAAUUCUGGUAAUUUCCCUACCUCCCCUCUCUGAUCAGGCUAUCCUACUUAAUCUAAAACAUGAAUUGGGAUUACAAUUUUGGAAUUCCACCAUCCCUCCUUGUAAUUGGUACGGAGUCCAGUGUACCGGUGGCAAAACAGUCACUGGAAUCUCUCUGAAUUUCAGAAAUAUUGACAGAGAAAUCCCACCAUACAUUUGUAAUCUCAAGAAUCUCACCACCCUUGAUCUUAGUGAUAAUAACAUCCGAGGGAACUUCCCAACAAUUUUAUACAAUUGUACCAAGCUCCAAACAUUAAGCCUAUCCUUCAACUUUUUCAACGGGAAAUUACCAAGAGACAUCAACAAGCUAUCUCCUAAUCUCAAACACCUUGACCUUAGUUAUAACAAUUUCACUGGAGAUAUCCCAACCUCGUUGGGGAACUUGGAGAACCUUGAGGUAUUGGGGCUGGCUUACAACUCAUAUUCCCCUCGGAACCUUCCCAAAGAAUUUGGGAAGCUCAAGAGUUUGAAGUUUCUUCAGCUUUCUCAGUGCAAUUUGAAUGGUGAAAUCCCAACUGAAUUUGCUAAUCUAACCAACCUUGAGUUUUUAAACUUAGGGUGGAAUAACUUGGUUGGAGGAAUUCCAAGUCACUUGUCAGCACAUCUGGUUUUGCUAGAUGUAAGCAAUAACAAACUUUCAGGCCCUAUUCCAUUCAAUAUUACCAACUGUAGAAAUCUAGAAACAUUUCGAGCAAACAACAACAACUUCUCCGGCAAUAUUCCAGUGGAGUUAACUGCUCUUUCAUCUCUUACUACUCUUCUCCUCAAUGAUAAUAAAUUAUCUGGUGAGCUACCUUCGAGAAUAAUAUCAUGGAAGUCCCUGGAAAGUCUCAAUCUUGCUAGAAAUAACCUUUCAGGAACACUCCCACCAGCUUUAGGUUCUUUGCAUAGAAUUUUUGGUUUGGACUUGUCCAAUAACAAGCUAUCGGGUCAAAUACCUCCUGAAUUAGCACAGCUAAACCGAAACAUGCUUGACCUCUCUUACAAUAAAUUCAGUGGGAAGAUCCCGCGUGCUUUUGACAGCAGAGAUUAUGCUCUCAUUAUCACAGGCAAUGCCAAUUUGUGCUCGGAUAAACAGUUAACAAACUUUCCUCGAUGCUCUUCCUCUCGACGCAGAUAUCUUGCAACAAUUCUGGUUCCUGGAGUAAUAAUUUUCCUGAUAUUUCUGUAUUUCACAUUCUUAAAAGUUAAUAAGGGGAGACAAGCAGACUGUAGCAGUGAACAACAGGUAUGGGAAAUGACACCAUUUCACAGGAUAGACUUCACUGAAAAAAAGAUUGUAUGUAGCCUGACAGAUAUAAACAUGAUCGGAUCUGGCGGCUCAGGAAAGGUAUACAGAGUUACUGUGAAUGAUCAAGGUCAACAAGUUGCCGUCAAAAGAAUAUUGAACGGAAAAAAACUGAAAGGAGCACUUGAAAAGCAAUUUCUAACAGAAGUUGGAUUUCUCAGCACUUUUAGGCAUUCUAAUGUAGUGAAGUUGCUGUGUUGUGUCUCAAGUGCACAAGAAAAGCUUCUUGUAUAUGAAUACAUGGAGAACCUGAGUCUUGAUAAGUGGCUUCACAAGAAACAGAGAUCAAAUGAAACAUCAUCAAUGAGCAGUCUGGAUCCUAAUAAUACUGUUCUGGAUUGGCCGACGCGAUUAGGGAUUGCUGUUGGUGCUGCAAAGGGACUAUGCUAUUUGCACAAUGACUGUUCUUCUCCCAUCAUUCAUAGAGACGUGAAAUCAAGCAAUAUCUUGUUAGAUUCGGAGUUCAGUCCCAAAAUUGCAGAUUUCGGACUAGCCAAGAUGACAAUCAAGACUGCAGAACCUCACACUGCAUCUGCUGUUGCAGGCUCUUUUGGUUACAUAGCUCCAGAAUAUUGGCGUACAAAAAGGAUGAAUGAGAAGAUCGAUGUAUACAGCUUCGGAGUUGUUCUUCUGGAAUUAGUAACAGGAAAACAUCCGUGCAAAGGAAACAGUCACUUGAAUCUGGCAGACUGGUCAUGGAAGCACUGUUGUGAGGAACAUCCCAUCAUUGACGCCUUAGAUGAGGAUGUCAAAGAACCAAGCUUUAUUGAGCAGAUGGUAAAUGUGUUUAAAUUAGGUCUCAUGUGCACAAGCCAGAUGCCUAGUUCAAGACCAACUAUGAAGCAGGUACUCCAGCUCCUCAUUGAAUGGAGUGACCAUGAACAGACACAAACAGCACUCCAGGAAUGAGUAUGUUGAAACUUGAAACCCUCUCCGGCCGGCCUGGUGGAUAAAGAUAUUUCUGGUUCAUUAUUAUUACCCCAUUGCCUCAAAGAGGCUCCCGCAAAGAAGCGGGGUAAGGGGGGUCGGACGUACGCAACCUUACGCCUGCAAUUGCAGAGAGGUUGUUUCCAAUUGACCCAAAAGCGAUAACGGGACGACAACGGGACGACCAUCUUCUACUUCAUGGAAAGGAAGCGAAGAGGUAUUAAGAGUCAUUUUGAUUUAGUCCAUUACAUCCCACAGUCAAAAGAACAAAUGAAUUUUUGGCUCCAUCGGAAGUAGUAGAAGAUAAUUAAAAACAAGGAAAUAACAAUAUACGAUACUCUGUAGUUGGAAAGUACAAUAUUAGCUAAGUGAUUGUAUAAAUAAUAUAAAGUUCGUUACAAACUAAUAGACAACAUUGGCAUUCUUA